AGUCGUCUGUUGUGGUUUACGGUAGUAGUUUUAAUCGCAGCGAUUUGCCUACAAAUACUUUGUCCGUUGAGGCUGCGUAAAUCCACAAAGCUUAAAAAGUAAGAGAAGACGGAAGAGUUGCAUUAAACGAUGAAACUUUGAGCACAAUAUGAGUCGUAUCGUCCCGCGUGGCCUCCGGGGUCUGAGGCGGUGGUGUCUCCUGGUCCCCCUCCUGCUGCUGCUGGUCGGGGCGGCCCUGACCGCCCUCCUGCCCCCCGCCAACCACCAGGAGCCCGGCCUGGUGAGAGCUCUGCUCCGCAGGGCCCCUGCCGGCACCGCCAGCCCUCCAGGACCCAGCCCCGGCUUCACCGCCGUCAUCCAGACCUUCAACCGCACCGACCUGCUGCUGCGCCUGCUGAACCACUACCAGGGCGUGCCUGGGCUGCAGAGGGUGGUGGUGGUGUGGAACAACGUGGGCCAGCGCUGCCCACGGGCGCUGUGGGAGCAGCUGGGCCCGCACCCUGUCCCUGUGCUCUUCAAGGAGCAGAGCGCCAACCUGAUGCGCAACCGACUGCAGCCGUUUGCUGAAAUAGACACAGAUGCGGUCCUGAUGCUGGAUGAUGACACCCUGGUGAGUCUGCCAGACAUCAGCUUUGCCUUCUCAGUCUGGAAGAGGUUCCCUGAUCAGAUUGUGGGCUUCGUUCCUCGGAAACACGUUACCACGGCGUCCGGGAUCUAUAGCUACGGCAGCUUUGAGCUCCAGGACCCGGAGAUAGGAGGAGGAGACAGGUAUUCCAUGGUUCUGAUUGGUGCAGCCUUCUUCCAUGGUCGCUACUUGCGUCUGUUCCCCCAGCAGCCUGCUGCAGUGCUGUCCCUGGUGGACGACAUGCAGAACUGCGACGACAUCGCCGUCAACUUCCUGGUGGCCCUGCACCUGGCUGGGGGCGUUGCCGGGGGCGCCAGGCCCUCGGGGGUGCUGGUGAAGCCGGUGGACGUGAGGAACCUGGAGAAGGAGGCCAGCAGCGGCUACCUGGGGAUGUGGCACCGGCCUGAACACCUGCUGCAGAGGUCCUUCUGUCUCAACAGACUGGCUCAGAUCUACGGCACCAUGCCCCUCCGGUACUCCAACAUGAUGCUGGUCCAGUUUGGCUUUCCCAGCUACGCCAACCACCAGAGCAGAGCCUGACGCACACACACACACACACACACACACACACACACACACACACACACUCAGAGGCUGCAGGGUAGACACCAGCCAGUCCACCAACAGCUGGAGGUUCUGGUCCUCUGGACGGCCUAGUGCAACAAAACCAAUACACCCACCGUCAGGGCUCACCUGUCAUUUUAAUCAAAUACACCUCAGAUGUCCUCCACCCAGCUCUGCUGAACUUGUGAUUGGCUGGUGUCUAAGUUCCCCCAUCAGCAGCGUUCAUAGGGCUGUGAGCUGUGCUAACUGAGAUGCUGAACGGGUCACGUGACGCGGCUAUACGGUAGUGUGAUGACAGUGGGAACACUUCCUGUUCUCACACUGAGCCGUUGUCAAGACAGACUGGGACUUCCUGCUCCUCGUUACCACUCAUCGCAGGGAGGCAAACAGCGUCCCCUAGUGGUAGAAGGAGGGUGUGACAGACUGUCCUGAUCGCAGAUCUAGCUGGUGUGUUUCCACGACAACCUGUUAUACAGAACUGGAUUUGCUUUCUCUGAUUCCUGCAACUCAAAUAAAUAAAUAUGAUGGUU